UUCUACUCCGAAAAUAAAACGAGAACUCUCUGGGUUCUUCUCUCGGAAUUCUUCGGCAUUAUAAGAUCUUCAUCUUCCCCGAUUACUGCAAUUUUUCCUCCGGAUUCUCAGAUUUCUCACCAAUUCUUGUUGCUUGAUCGGUUUACUUUCCAUGGCCGACGAAGCCAAAGCCAAGGGUAAUGCGGCUUUCUCCGCCGGGGAUUUCUCCGCCGCUGUUCGUCAUUUCUCCGAGGCCAUCGAACUUGCUCCUACCAAUCACGUUCUUUAUUCCAAUCGAUCUGCGGCUUAUGCUUCUCUUCAUCAAUAUUCUGAGGCGUUGGUUGAUGCAGAGAAGACCGUUGAGUUGAAGCCGGACUGGCCUAAGGGUUACAGCCGUCUUGGUGCGGCUCAUCUCGGUCUCGGUGAACAUGAGGCGGCUGUAUUGGCUUAUAAGAAGGGGCUUGAGAUUGAUCCUAGCAAUGAGGCGUUGAAAUCCGGGCUGGCUGAUGCUCAGUCUGCUGCAUCUAGGUCGCGGCCAGCGCCUCCGCCGAAUCCGUUCGCGAAUGUUUUCUCUGGACCUGAGAUGUGGGCUAAACUGACCGCUGAUCCGACGACUAGGGCUUUUCUGCAACAACCGGAUUUUUUGAAUAUAAUGCAGGAGAUUCAGAGAAACCCUAAUAGUAUCAAUGUUUAUCUGAAGGAUCAGAGGGUGAUGGCUGCGUUAGGGGUUUUGCUGAACUUGAAGAUGCAUAAUACGGCCGGGGAGGAAGGCGAUAUUCCUGAGGCCUCCUCUCCGCCGGCGGAACGAAAAAGAGCUGCUGAGGCCGAGCCGGUGAAGGAGCCAGAGCCAGAGCCAGAGCCAGAGCCUAUGGAAGUGACGGAGGAUGAGAAGGAGGCUAAGGAGAAGAAGCUGCAGGCACAGAAGGAGAAGGAGGCGGGCAAUGCGGCUUACAAAAAGAAGGAUUUCGAGAAGGCAAUUAACCAUUACUCGAAGGCAUUGGAGUUGGACGAUGAGGACAUCUCUUUCUUAACAAAUCGAGCUGCUGUCUAUUUGGAGAUGGGAAAGUACGAAGAUUGUAUUAAAGAUUGUGAUAAGGCUGUUGAGAGGGGAAGGGAGCUCAGGUCAGACUUUAAGAUGAUUGCAAGGGCUUUGACUAGGAAAGGAACAGCGUAUGUAAAAUUGGCUAAAUCUUCAAAGGAUUAUGAUAUUGCUAUUGAAACUUUCCAGAAGGCUCUUACUGAGCAUAGAAAUCCUGACACCCUGAAGAAACUUAAUGAUGCUGAGAAAGCAAAGAAGGACUUAGAGCAACAAGAGUAUUUUGAUCCUAAAAUAGCUGAUGAGGAACGGGAAAAAGGCAAUGAGUAUUUUAAGCAGCAAAAAUAUCCUGAAGCCGUGAAACAUUACACAGAAUCCUUGAGAAGAAACCCCAAGGACGCAAAGGCAUACAGCAAUCGUGCGGCUUGCUAUACUAAGUUGGGUGCAUUGCCCGAGGGAUUGAAGGAUGCAGAGAAGUGCAUUGAGCUUGAUCCUACGUUUGUGAAGGGUUACACGAGGAAAGGUGCAAUUCAAUUUUUCAUGAAAGAAUACGAAAAAGCUAUGGAAACUUACCAGGAGGGAUUGAAACAUGACCCUAAAAACCAAGAAUUACUGGAUGGUAUUAGAAGAUGUGUAGAACAGGUCAACAAGGCGAGCCGUGGUGACUUAACCCCCGAAGAAUUGAAGGAAAGACAGGCCAAGGCAAUGCAAGACCCAGAAAUCCAAAAUAUUCUCACAGAUCCUGUAAUGAGACAGGUAUUGACUGAUUUCCAGGAAAAUCCAAAGGCGGCUCAAGAACACACCAAGAACCCAAUGGUGAUGAACAAGAUCCAGAAGCUGAUUAGCGCAGGAAUUGUCCAAAUGAGAUGAACACAGAGCAACCCCAUUUACUAUUACCGGUCAGAAUGAUUUCUUAAAAUUUUCAAGUGCAGUUUGGAUUGUGUGUAUCGUUUGGAAUUAUUGAUAUAGACCCGUUUUUAAGUUGAAAUAAUUUUCUUGCAUAGUCUUUUUUGUUUAUUAAUGGUUUCGAUCCUUAGUUUCCUUUCCCUUGCACAGUACAUUGGUGUUCCAUUUUGAAUCAUGAAUCAAAUUUCGUAACGUACGCUCGAGAUGAUUGUUUUGU